AUGCACGUUCUCAGCACUUUGAUUCUGUCCUCCAUUGGACUUGCUUUUGCAUAUGAGGUCCCUGCCAAUUUGCAAGCAAUUUACGACUCCCACAAGAAAUGCAAAAACGUACUUGCCGGGGGAUUUGACGAUGGAGAUGACAAAGGCAAGGAUAUGGGUUAUUGUGGCGACAUAGACGGGGCUAUCUUCUUGUACAGCAACACUGGAGCGUACGGCGAUAUGGACAUUGAUUGUGAUGGCGCUAACCGACUCGAGGGAGACUGCUACAAUGAUGGGAGUGGUCAAAGUCAAACGGCUUUCAUGGAUGAACUGGAAGGCAUCGAUGACCUGGAUGCCGGCAUUCACCCCUAUGUUGUCUUUGGAACCGGGGACUAUGAUCCUAGGGACGAUGGGAUGAAGGCUCUGAGUGUGAUGGCGGUUGUGUGUGGUGGCAAACUGCACUAUGGUAUCUGGGGUGAUACCAACGGCCACACUGCCACCGGUGAAGCUUCUCUCUCUAUGGCUAAACUCUGCUUCCCUGACGAGGACAUCACCGGCGAUAGCGGACAUAGUGAGAAGGAUGUCUUGUACAUUGGCUUCAAGGGAUCCAAGGCAGUUCCGGGAUCCAAAGCAAACUGGAAGGCAAAGAACAGCAAAGAAUUUGAAGCGAGUAUCAAGUCGCUUGGUGAUGAAUUGGUCAAGGGUCUUGGCUCGGCUGGAUCCCAAGGCCGAACCGACACCUCUUCAUCUUCGUUCGCCACAUCUGCACGGACUACGAAGUCCAGAUCUGCGCAUGACAGCAAGUGCACAAACGACACCGGCAAGAAGUCCAGUUCUACAAAGCCUACCAAGUCUACAACCCACACGCGCACAUAUUCCAGAUCUGCAAAGCCUACCACGUCCACCAGCAAGUACACGAGGACCCGCACUCUUCCCCCUGUUCCUACAAGCAGCUCGAAUUCGCGCAAUAAUCUGGACUAA